GGCUGCUGUAACUCAAACGCGUGGAGAGAGAGAGAGAGUAACAAUAUUAGAUCAAAACAUCUGAUGAAUAAACCAUAAAGACAGAAAGACAGAGGAACCCAAACGAGAAAAUACGAACGGGAGUUUAGCAGCACAGAGCUGAUGAAGCAGACUGUGUGUGGAUCAGAGUCAUGAACAAUCGCUCGAUCGCGCGCUGGCUCACACAGAUCGGUCUGCCGCAGUACACGCGCGUGCUGGAGAAACACACCUACGGCCUCGAGGGUCUGCUAUUAGUAACAGAAGAUGAUCUUAGACAGAUGGGUGUUGAAGAUCUAGAUCACAGAACAACCAUCAUAAAUCAACUACAGAAACAGCAGCAGAGAAUACAGUCUGAGAAAGAGAAUAACUCCGCAGUAAUGACUGGCACUGUGAGCCGUAAGUGCUCUCUGUCCUCACCUCUUGACCUGGUCAAACCCACCACUGACCUCUUCCGUCACAGCAUUGUGCCGCGGCUGCGUCGCCGUGACAACCACAGAGUCUCCGCCUCCUGCCUCCAGCUCCCAUCCCACACCUGUGACGAAGACCACGCCCCCUUCACCAAACACAAAAUCAGCAGGAGGAAGAGUGUGUCGGCCUUCAUCAGUCAGGUGUUCUCAGGCCUGAAGGACAUGGACUCUCUGAAGAAGGAGCUGGAGGAGGAACUCAAACUCAGCACUUAAGAACUGAGGAUCCAAGCAUUCAAUCACGGCACCACGCACCGCUACAUCUCUAUGUGUGCAGCGGAGCAGUUGUUGAGUAGAGACGGGGAGUUUCUGGUGCGUGACUCCAGCUCCAGCACGGGUGAAUACGUCCUGAGUUGCAUGUGGAAAAAUCAGCCCAUGCACUUCAAAAUCAUACGUGUCGUGCUGCGACCCAAACAGGGUUACACCCGGGAGCUCUUUCAGUUUGAGAAUGAUCAGUUCGAUAAUAUUCCAUCGUUAAUUCGCUUUCACGUCGGCGGACGGCGUCCCAUCUCACAUUCCACCGGCGCUAUCAUCUUUCAGCCAAUCACGCGCACUCUGCCUCUACGCAUCAUCAGCGAGCGCCAGGCUGCGAGGUCAUCGAGCUCCUCCCUCCUGUCACGAGGUCAGAGCAAGAGGCGGAGCCUGAGCUCCUCUCAGAGAGAGACACUGCAGAUCAACAGCAACAACCUGCUCAGGAGUGGCAGUCAGCCUGCUAAUCUGGAGACAGUUGGGAGACCAUCACUACAGUCCGCUCAAUCUGACAGCAACCUCCGCACAGGUGUCCCACAGAGCUGUCUGUCACAGGACUCCAGCCACGCCCCCGUCUCCCCGGUGUUCCGCACAGGAAGUGAGCCUGUCCUAAGCCCAGCCGCUUCCUGUGCCACUCCGCCCAGCCAGUCAAGUCUCGGUGGCUGUCCUCUGCGUGGUUCUGAUGGACAGCUGCAUUCACGUGCACCUCCCAAACCGCUGCGGAUCUCCAUCGUCUUCACCCCGACUCAAGCUGAUGCUGGUCCGGAGCCUGUUUCCACCGGCCUCUAUGGUGAGCUGGUGCCACAGGUCCCCAUCACCAUGUUGCCCAAAGGUCACGCUGCACGUCUCCGCGCUCAGGAGCGAUGGACCAGUCGCGCGCGUCUCACCGAGACCAGCUUUGGCUUCCUGGAGGCGCAGAAGCUGGAGGAGGAGCACAGGGUGAGCGAGAGCAUCGAGGAGGAGGAGCAUGAUUGGCAUUUUGAGCGGCCGCAGACUGAGACCACAUCAUGUUUCCGUCUGGAUGAGUUCCGCUCGCUCAUGCUGCCAGACAACAACCGUCCGCUGGAUCAGAGUGUCCUGCUGAAGGUCAAAGAGCUGCUGACGCACACCGACGCCAGGACCACCGCACUGCACAUGCUCAGCAUCAACUGCCAGGUGGCUCGGGUCACAGGUGUGACGGUGGAGCAGAAGAGGAUCAUGGGAGUGGAAACCGGUCUGGAGCUGAUCACACUGCCACACGGAGGCCAGCUCAGACAGGACCUGCUGGAGAGGCAUCACACUCUGGCUCUGGGCGUGGCGGUGGAUCUUCUGGGCUGUACUGGGACAGUUGGUCAGCGGGCGACGGUGCUGCACAGGAUCAUCCAGCUGGCGCAGGAGCUGCGCAACACCACACACGACCUGUACGCCUUCUCCGCCGUCAUGAAAGCGCUGGAGCUGCCGCAGGUGGUGAGGUUGGAGAUGACGUGGAGAGCGCUAAGACGUAAUCACACCGACAGCGCCGUGACGUUCGAGAAGAGUCUCAAACCCUUCAUGAAAUCCCUCAAUGAGGGUGAGGGUGACGAUGCCGUGGUGUCGGGGCCGCUGUCUCUGCCGCACAUGGUGCCACUGCUGAGGCUGAUGGAGGGCGAAGACAGCGUGGAAUCCACCGACAGAGGCUGCCAGCUGCUCUACAACCUGCUGCAGUCGGCACGCAACACCGCGCUACAUGCUAAUGACUGCACACAACACGCUCACGGCCUGCUCUCCGCUGGAUGGGAGCCAAUCCCGGAGAUGCUGGAGAUGUUUCAGACAGAGUUUGCCCUUCGGCUCUUCUGGGGACAAAUGGGCGCCAAGGCCGACCGCAAGGAGCGCUAUGCCAAAUUCGACAGAAUCCUCACGGUCCUCUCCAACAAACUGGAACCAGACGGGAGCUCUGAGGUUUGACCUCAUCAGCGUCCUCUGCUGGCGGUUGAUGACAUGGCCUUCUGAACGAUCCCACAUCUGAGUUUAAUAUUACUGUCAUUUAUUGAGUGAUUACAAUAACUGUUCAUAAAGACCAGAAAGAUUCUCCAAGCUAAAGCACCAUGAAAUGAUAAAGGACUUUCAGACAUGAUGCUGUUGUAAAGAUGAAGUGUGUCGAUUCUCUGACACUAGUGGCACAUGUGGUUGUUUCCAAACCGUCUUUUAUAAGAUUGUUGUUGACACUUCAAUGACACACUUCACAUUCAGUUUGUUUACAGUGAUGAUGAUGAUGAUGAUGACGACGUUUUAAAGCUGUGAUUGUUCACACUUGAGUAAUAUGCCAAAUCGAUUUGGUUAAUUUCAGAGACAUGCUUUCCCUCACCUGAAACUUUUUGUGACAGUUUAUAUGGAAAGAAUAUAUUUUAGUUUUUUAAUGAUUAAAAUGUUAAUUAAUAUAUCAAACCGAGUCUGUUUAGUUCACAUUUAACAUGAAAUGUCAUCGCAACCUGAUUUACUUUCAAAUUAUUGUCAGGAUCAGGUAAACAGCAUAUUCAAUGAGUUGAAAAGGCAGGAUGGGACUGAAUGAAGCAUGAAAAAAGUGAAAAAAUAAGCAAAAAUAUAAGGGAAAUAAUAAUAUAAUAAUAAAAAAUAAUAAUAAUAGCAAUGGAGCUAGUUAAUACAUUUUGGUGUAAUAAAAAUGUAAUGUGCACCAAUGCAUUCACACACAAGGAUGCCCUGGAAAAUGUACUAAAGUAAAUAGAGUGAAUUUUGUGUCACUUUAAAUGAAAAUAUUGUCAGAUUGUUUAAUAACUGUUGUGUGCAGCCAGCAGAGGGAGACAAACACCAAAACACAUCUGAAUUCUACAAACUCACCUUCAUGUCUGAUCUGAAGCCUGUACCAAUAAACAAGAUAUUAGUACCA